GCCCCACAGCCCCACCAGCAGAGAUGUGUGGGAGGCUGGGAGGGAAAGUUCCCGGCAGCAAGUUGGUUGGACUAGGGGGGUCGGUGAUAUACGUUUGUCCAGUGGAUUGGCCAAGUCAGGGAAAGCCAGCAAUGUGGCUGAAGGGGGAGGGCAUCUCACAAAGACUUGGUGAUUCCUGGCAGUCCCUGUUACUUAGGGAAGAGGCCGGAAAGAGGCUUCAGCAAACAGCGAAAAAUCUCCCAAACCCUGGGCAACUGAAGUUCUGAGCUGCGGCCCUCCGUGAAAGCGUGUUGAAGUCCGCGUAGCAAGCUUUUUAGUUCUACCACGUAGGCUCGCGGCCUUUGGGAAACUCGGACCUCAAGCACAUGCGGAUGACCCGGAGUGUGGACAGUGUCCAGUUCCUGCCCUUUCUCACCACGGAUGUCAACAACCUGAGCUGGCUGAGUUAUGGGGCCCUGAAGGGAAACUGGACGCUAAUCGCCGUCAACGCCGUGGGUGCUGUCCUUCAGACCCUGUAUAUCUUGGUGUAUCUGCACUACUGCCAUCGGAAGCAUGCUGUGCUCCUUCAGACUGCAACCCUGCUGGGGGUCCUUGUCCUGGGUUUUGGCUACUUUUGGCUCCUGGUGCCCGACACUGAGACCCGGCUUCAGCAGCUGGGCCUCUUCUGCAGUGUCUUCACCAUCAGUAUGUACCUCUCACCACUAGCUGACUUGGCCAAGGUCAUUCGUACUAAAUCGACCCAACGUCUCUCCUUUUCACUCACCAUUGCCACCCUCCUCACCUCUGCCUCCUGGACGUUCUAUGGGUUUCGACUAAAAGAUCCCUACAUUGUGGUGCCCAACCUUCCAGGAAUCCUCACCAGCUUCAUUCGCUUCUGGCUUUUCUGGAAGUACCCCCAGGAGCAAGACAGGAACUAUCAGCUUCUACAAACCUGAGGGAGUUCACCUGACCACUGGGCACCUUAAUGCCAACCUACUACCAAAGAAACCUCCUCGUUUCAGCUCUUCCUGCUGGUCACCUCCACUGGUGAAGUGCGUUGUGGUAAAGGAAAAGAACUGCUUUGAGAAUCCAGGGACUAAAGAAAGGGCUUUACUUAGAAGACUGGAUGGAACCUGGGAGAUGAAUCACUUUUAUUUUUUUUCAAGAUUUUAUUUUUUAAUUUUGGAGGUCGGGGUGAAAUCUUUAGAAUGUGCCUUAAAAUAAACUGUUCCCUACCCCUUGCCCAUCAA